AUGGCUUCCCUUCUUCAUCAGCCUGUAGCACCAGAAAAUAACUCUAAAGUUGUAGAACUACAAACCAGUCUAGACUUUAUUACUACAUUUGAGAACACGGGGAUCCAGCCAACAGAUAGAAGCAAAGGCACUCAGAGGGAUGAUGAGGCGGUUUUCAUGACAUGGGAAGACUUGUGGGUGAUUGUUGGAAGUGGAAAGAAUAAAAAACCAAUAUUGCAGGGUCUGACUGGGUAUGCCAAGCCAGGACAGCUUUUGGCCAUAAUGGGUCCUUCAGGAUGCGGGAAAACCACACUCCUUGAUGCUUUGGCAGGAAGAUUAGAUUCAAACAUGCAGCAAACAGGGAAGAUUCUAAUCAAUGGAAACAGACAAGCACUAGCAUAUGGAACAUCAGCAUAUGUCACCCAAGAUGAUGCUAUGCUGUCAACUUUAACAGCCGGGGAAGCUUUAUAUUACUCAUGCCAGCUCCAACUUCCAGAUUCUAUGUCCAUUGAAGAGAAGAAGGAGAGAGCGGACUCUACACUCAGAGAAAUGGGUCUACAAGAUGCCAUCAACACCAGGAUUGGAGGGUGGACUUCAAGAGGCCUUAGCAGUGGACAAAAGAGAAGACUUAGCAUUUGCAUUGAGACUAUAACACGCCCGAAACUUCUCUUCCUUGAUGAACCAACUAGUGGUCUUGAUAGUGCAGCUUCUUAUUAUGUUAUGAGCAGAAUUGCCAGUCUAAACAUAAGGGAUGGCAUUGAAAGAACAAUUGUAGCAUCUAUCCAUCAGCCUAGCAGUGAAGUUUUUCAACUUUUCCACAAUCUCUGCCUUCUGUCUUCUGGUGAAACAGUAUAUUUUGGCCCUGCAUCUGAGGCAAAUGAGUUCUUCGCUUCAAAUGGUUUUCCUUGCCCAAGCCUCUACAAUCCUUCUGAUCAUUUCUUAAAGAUCAUAAACAAGGAUUUUGAGCAGGAUCCUGAAGAAGGGUUUGGUAAAAGAGUAACCACAGAAGAAGCGAUUAAUAUCCUUGUGGAGUCCUACAAGUCAUUUGAAAUUCGCCAACAAAUUCUGAAGGAAGUGGGAGAAAUAAGCGAAAGUGAUUCUGAUGCAUUUGGGAAAAAGAGAACCCAUGCUGCACUCGUUACUCAGUGCCUUGUUCUUAUAAGAAGAUCUUCCCUGCAUAUGUAUCGUGACAUAAGCAAUUACUGGUUACGUCUUGCUGUGUAUGUUGCAAUAGCUAUAAGUCUGGGUACCAUAUUCUAUAACGUGGGCUCAAGUAUUGAAUCUAUUCAGGCUAGAGGAUCGCUGCUCACAUUUUUUACUUCAGUCCUUACUUUCAUAACCCUUAUCGGUGGAUUCCCUCCAUUUUUAGAGGAAAUGAAGGUCUUUAAACGAGAGAGGUUGAAUGGACACUAUGGUGUUACUGCUUUUCUGAUUGGCAACACAUUAUCUGCUAUUCCAUACAUGCUACUGAUAUCUCUGAUACCUGGAGGAAUAGUUUAUUGCCUUUCUGGCCUGCACAAAGGACUGGAGCAAUUUUUGUACCUGACGUCUGUGUUGUUUGCCACUGUUAUGUCUGUUGAGAGCCUCAUGAUGGUUGUUGGGAGCUUCUUCCCCAAUUUCAUAAUGGGGAUGAUCAUUGUUGGUGGAAUUCAAGGAGUCAUGAUAUUACUUGGUGGUUUCUAUAGAUUGCCAAACGAUCUCCCCAAGCCAUUUUGGAGAUACCCUUUAUAUUAUGCUUCAUUCCACAAGUAUGCCUUCCAAGGAUUGUUCAAGAAUGAGUUUGAAGGUUUAACAUUUGCCACUGAUCAUGAUGGAGGCAGCAAAACCACUAGUGGCAGAGAAAUUCUGACAAACACGUGGCAAGUGGAAAUGGGCUACUCUAAGUGGGUUGAUCUUGCAAUCCUGCUUGGAAUGAUUGUUCUAUAUCGGCUUCUGUUCUUGGCCAUCACUAAGACCAAGGAGAAUGCAAAGCCUAUGUUUAUUACUACAUUUGAGAACAUGGUGAUCCAGCCAACAGAUAGAAGCAAAGGUACUCAGAGAGAGGAUGAGGGGGUUUUCACGACAUGGGAAGACUUGUGGGUGACUGUUGGAAGCGGAAAGAGUAAAAAACCAAUAUUGCAGGGUUUGACUGGGUAUGCCAAGCCAGGACAGCUUUUGGCCGUAAUGGGUCCUUCAGGAUGCGGCAAAACCACACUCCUUGAUGCUUUAGCAGGAAGAUUAGAUUCAAACAUGCAGCAAACAGGGAAGAUUCUAAUCAAUGGACACAGACAAGCACUCGCAUAUGGAACAUCAGCAUAUGUCACCCAAGAUGAUGCUAUGUUGUCAACUUUAACAGCCGGGGAAGCUUUAUAUUAUUCAUGCCAGCUCCAACUUCCAGAUUCAAUGUCCAUGGAAGAGAAGAAGGAGAGAGCGGAUUCUACACUCAGAGAAAUGGGUCUCCAAGAUGCCAUCAACACAAGGAUUGGAAGGGGGACUUCAAAAGGCCUUAGCAGUGGACAAAAGAGAAGACUUAGCAUUUGCAUUGAGAUUAUAACACGCCCGAAACUUCUAUUCCUCGAUGAACCAACUAGUGGUCUUGAUAGUGCAGCUUCUUAUUAUGUUAUGAGCAGAAUUGCCAGUCUAAACAUAAGGGAUGGCAUUGAAAGAACAAUUGUAGCAUCUAUCCAUCAGCCUAGCAGUGAAGUUUUUCAACUUUUCCAUAAUCUCUGCCUUCUGUCUUCUGGUGAAACAGUAUAUUUUGGCCCUGCAUCUGAGGCAAAUGAGUUUUUUGCUUCAAAUGGUUUUGCUUGCCCAAGUCUCUACAACCCUUCUGAUCAUUUCUUAAAGAUCAUAAACAAGGAUUUUGAGCAGGAUCCUGAAGAAGGGUUUGGUAAAAGAGUAACCACAGAAGAAGCGAUUAAUAUCCUUGUGGAGUCCUACAAGUCAUUUGAAAUUCGCAAACAAAUUCUGAAGGAAGUGGAAGACAUAAGCAAAAGUGAUUCUGAUGCAAUUGGGAAAAAGAGAACCCACGCUGCAUUCGUUACCCAGUGCCUUGUUCUUAUAAGAAGAUCUUCCCUGCAUAUGUACCGGGACAUAAGCAAUUACUGGUUACGUCUUGCUGUGUAUGUUGCAAUAGCUACAAGUCUGGGUACUAUAUUCUAUAACGUGGGCUCAAGUAUUGAAUCUAUUCAGGCUAGAGGAUCGCUGCUCACAUUUUUUAUUUCAGUCCUCACUUUCAUAACCCUUAUCGGUGGAUUCCCUCCAUUUUUAGAGGAAAUGAAGGUAUUUAAACGAGAGAGGUUGGACGGACACUAUGGUGUUACUGGUUUUCUGAUUGGCAACACAUUAUCUGCUAUUCCAUACAUGCUACUGAUAUCUCUGAUACCUGGAGGAAUAGUUUAUUGCCUUUCUGGCCUGCACAAAGGACUUGAACACUUUUUGUACCUGACUUCUGUGUUGUUUGCCACUGUUAUGUCUGUUGAGAGCCUCAUGAUGGUUGUUGGGAGCUUCUUAUCCAAUUUCAUAAUGGGGAUGAUCAUUGUUGGUGGAGUUCAAGGAGUCAUGAUAUUACUUGGUGGUUUCUAUAGACUGCCAAACAAACUCCCCAAACCAUUUUGGAGAUACCCUUUAUAUUAUGUUUCAUUCCACAAGUAUGCCGUCCAAGGGUUGUUCAAGAAUGAAUUUGAAGGUUUAACAUUUGCCAAUGAUCAUGAUGGAGACAGCAAAACCACUACUGGCAGGGAAAUUCUGACAAACACAUGGCAAGUGGAAAUGGGCUACUCUAAGUGGGUUGAUCUUGCAAUCCUGCUUGGAAUGAUUGUUCUAUAUCGGCUUCUAUUCCUGGCCAUCACUAAGACCAAGGAGAAUGCAAAGCCUAUGGUUGCAGCUAUUGGUUGUCCCCCAAGCAAAAUCAUGGUGACCCGCAGAGAUUAGCAAUUAGACACCCAAUGUCACAUUUUAAGGUAAAAAACAAUAGGUUGGUCAGGGGUAGCGCGUGUGUUAGUGUUAUUUUCUUCCUAAAUUAUCUAAGAUAUUGUUUGGACAUGUCAAAUUCCAACUGCAAGGGAGCAAACAACCAAGAAAUUCUCAAGCAGUCACAAUUUGUAAAUAUCUAUGGGGAAAGUUAACUAUAAGUCAACAUUAGUGUGUCAAAAACUUCUGAUAUACUUAUAUGUCUAUAUAUAAAUACCUUGAUCAA